CUGAACUGCAGAUUGCUGAAGCCGUUGCUCUUGUAGAUACCCUUCAGAACUGGACCGUUGUAGAAAAAAUAAUUAUUCCUACAAAAAAUCCUGACAAGAAGUUUAUUUUUGGCAAAGGAAACUUUCAGGUUUUGACAGAAAAGAUUAAAAAAUUGCCCAAUGUGACAGCUGUCUUCAUGAAUGUGGAAAGAAUAUCUUCACUAACAAAGAGAGAACUAGAAGAUGCCUGGGGCGUGAAGGUCUUUGACAGAUACACAGUUGUGCUUCACAUUUUCCGUUGUAAUGCCCAGACCAAAGAAGCAAAACUUCAGAUAGCACUGGCCGAAAUUCCACUUCUCAGGUCAAAUUUGAAAAAUGAGGUGUCUCAGCUAGAUCAGCAGAGGGGUGGAUCAAGAUACAUCAUGGGCUCAGGUGAAACGUUCAUGGAGACACAGACUCGUGUCCUGAAAGAAAAAGAACUUAAAAUUAGGAAUGCUCUGGAGAGACUAAGAAGAAAAAGGUCUUUACUUAGAACUCAGCGCAGAAAACGCGAGUUUCCGACUGUCUCAGUAAUGGGCUAUACUAAUUGUGGAAAAACUACCUUGAUCAAAGCCUUGACUGGAGAAGCAGGGCUGCAACCUCGAGAUCAGCUGUUUGCCACUCUUGAUAUCACAGCCCAUGCUGGCUAUCUGCCCUCACAUAUGGCAGUUAUUUAUGUUGACACCAUUGGGUUUCUGACUGAUCUCCCACAUAAUCUGGUUGAGUCCUUUUCAGCGACAUUAGAAGAAGUGGCCUACUCAGAUCUGAUAGUUCAUGUGAGGGAUAUUACUCACCCAGAAACCACCCUCCAGAAAGCAACUGUUCUGUCGGUUCUGAAGAAUCUUAAUCUUCCCAGCCACUUACUGGACUCAAUCAUAGAAGUUCAUAACAAAGUGGAUUUGAUAGAAAGGUAUAAACCCACUGAAGAAAAUGCUUUAGCCAUUUCUGCUCUGCAUGGACAUGGUUUAGAAGAGCUGAAAGAAGAAAUAGAGAAGAAAAUUUUGACAGUGACAGGGAAAAAGAUUCUGACAGUUAACAUCAACUUAGAAGGACCUCAGCUAAGUUGGCUCUAUAAAGAAGCAACAGUGCAGGAGGUGGAAGUCAUGCCCGAGGAUGGUACAGCCAGGGUGAAGGUGAUAAUCAGCAACUCUGCUUUUGGCAGAUACAAAAACCUCUUUCCCAACAGCAAGAUUGUUGUGCCGUGAACCAGCGUCCUUUUCUGGGAAAAGACACUGAUCUCACCAAGGGGAUGUGAAAUGAAGUUA